AUGCCCAUGGAGUGGUUACCCCGAACUUCCUUUGCUGGCCAGAAGCGCAAGAUCAACGAUAUUAGAUCCCAUGGCGAUGAUGAUGAUGAUGAGGAUGAAGCAGAUUUGAAACCAACGCACAGUGUUCGAGGAUUUGCUCCAACAAAAACCCGCUCACCCUCCCCGCAACCUUCCACAAACAUGAGAUCUAAGAAUUCCCCAUCAUGGACGAACGGCAAUUCCACCCCCAAGGGACAGAACCGGGCGGGCAAAACCGGGCUUGCUGGGGGCGCAAACUCGUUUGCUGCGCGAAUGAUGGCCAAGAUGGGCUACAAGGAGGGUCAAGGAUUGGGCGCUGGUGGCCAGGGAAUUCUGAAACCGAUUGAGACCGUGCUACGACCUCAGGGAAUUGGCUUGGGCGCUGUGAAGGAGAAAUCUAAACAGGCAAAAGAGGAAGCGAAGCGCGAAGCCGCCAGGAGAGGAGAGGUAUUGGAAGACAGUUCGGAUGAGGAGCGAAACUUAAGACGGCGGCGGAAGGAGAAACAGAAGGAGAGUAGGAGUGGAACAAGUACCCCAAAGGGUCCUGCGAAGCCGAAAUUUAGAACUGCGCGCGAGAUUGAGGUGGAUGCAGCUGGAUUGGAGGUCCCUAAUAUCCUGAAGUCGUUGAUCGAUGCGACGGGGAAGGAACAGAAACUGUUAACGUCUACAGCUGGUUUGAUGACGCCGCUGGAGUUCGUGAGCGCUGAUGAAAGUGAAGCUCUAAAGAUAGCCCGGAGAGCAAGGAAUGACCUCGAAGCCUUUGCGGAUGAAUGGAAGGCACUCACAGAAAGGAGAGAGUUUGUGGAGCUUGAGGAAAACCAGGUGGUGGAAGAGAUAGAUACACAACAGGACAAGAUCGUGCAAUUAUCUGCAUUAACGUCAGCUGUGGAGGCGCUGGGGAAUUUCAGUCUUGAUGACGACCUACUUAUAAGAUGGGAGCAAGUCACGAAAAGAUUGGAGUUGUUGGAAAUUCAGUUCGAAAGUUUUGUUGAUGAGUAUGGACUGUCUGAGGUGGCUGUAGCCGCAAUCCACCCUUUAUUUAGGGAGUCCAUGGAAGAAUGGGAGCCGCUGAAAGAUCCAGCCUAUCUGGUAUCCAAUCUUCAACGCCUCCGAAGUAUCCUAUCUCGCAAACCUCGCAGCAAACAGGAGGAUGAGGGAAGGCAACGGCAUUCAACUACGCCCUACGAAACUAUGCUAUAUACUUUAUGGCUUCCACGAGUUCGUUCAGCUAUCCUCAAUGACUGGGAUGUGCAGGACCCAUCUGCUGCAACGGCACUUAUAGAUGCAUGGAAAGAUGUAUUACCAGAAUUUAUUUGCUCGAAUGUUCUCGACCAGCUAGUUGCCCCAAAACUCAGCACCGCAAUCAAGGAAUGGAAACCACGAAGCAAUAAGAAACGAAACGGGACUACCUCUCAGUCAUCCCAAUUUCCGUGGUGGCUAUUUGACUGGUUACGAUACCUGGACGAACGACACACAAAUCCCAAAGCGCCGACAGGCCUCCUAUCCGACGCGAAACGCAAAUUCCGUGUUGUGCUAGAUACCUGGGACCUGGGUCGGGGACUCCCGGAAGGAAUUGAGUUCUGGAAAGAAGCACUUGGCUCAGAAUUUGACAUAACAUUACGAAAUCAUCUUCUACCGCGACUAGGCAAACACCUCCGUGAAGAAUUUGAAGUGAACCCACGAGAUCAAAACCUUGACUCCUUUGAAGAUAUUCUGAAAUGGAAAGAUUACUUCAAGCCGACCGUCAUUGCUCUGCUUCUUACUGCUGAAUUUUUCCCAAAAUGGCAUGCUGUGUUACAUCUCUGGCUAACCUCAGAUCCAAACUAUGAAGAAGUUGGCCAAUGGUUCUCAUGGUGGAAGACACAGAUACCCGAUGAAAUCAACGCAGUUGACGAAGUUACUCAGGAAUGGGAACGUGGACUUGAAAUGAUGAACCUUGCCCUCGACCUGGGGGAUAGAGCGAAGACAGCGCUACCCCCUCCAUCCACAAGCAUGCAGAAUCAACAGCAAAGAGGACUGCGAGAGCACAUCAAGAACAAGUCGUCAUCAGCACAAGCACCACCAAAUACUUCCAAACCCCUACCAACACCAGCUUCCAAGCACAUCGAGGGACCCACCUUCAAAGACGUCGUGGAAGAAUGGUGUGCGGAUGAGGGGCUUCUCAUGAUACCCUUACGUGAAGCGCAUGUUCAAAGCGGUCUGCCAUUAUUUCGCAUCACGGCCAGUGCCAAUGGGAAGGGCGGAGUGCUUGUAUAUCUCAAAGGAGAUGUUGUCUGGGCGCAGAAUAAAAAGGCAAGAGACGUGUGGGAGCCGCUUGGGUUGGAUAAUGGUCUUGUAGCUCGCGCAGAGGGCAAGUGA